CUGCUCCCGCGGAGGCCUGUCCCUUCCCCAACACGACGGCUCCCGUCAUGAGCUGCAGAUUCUCGAAUGGAGCGUUCACCGACUGGCCCGUGAUGUCGCAGCGCCUAUCUAUGCCGCAGCAGGCUUCCAUGACGCGGUACUACGGCGCUGCUUGCGCGCCCGCGGCGCUGCACUCCAGAGUGGUGAGCGUUCAGGUGUUCCCGAGGAGGGUGCUGUCGCCGAGGCCGAAGGAGCCUGGCACGCCGAGCACGGACGCCGAGACGGUGAGCGAGGCGGAGACGUCCGAAUGGAGCGUGGAGGAGAUCGACGUUCCCAGGACGGGCGGCUUGCUCUGCUGCUGCCCAGCGGCCGUCUAGCGCAGCCUCGCCCGCCCGGCCGGUGGGCGCGCCCCGCCUGGCCCCCUGCCCCGCUUGGCGUGCCGACCGCAUUCACGUGCAGGUUGGGGCGGGGGGGGGGCAGUGCGGGUCGACUUUCCCCCAGGGCAGGCUCUCACCCCGAGUCGUCUUUCGACGGCCUCGGCGCCCGGCGAGGGCCCCCGGAGGCUGAAGGUGGCGCAAGCCCUCCGUGUGUACUCUUCAAAACAGGGCCCCAGAGGCCAGUCCUUAUGUUUUUUUUUGUUAUUCGAAUCUCGCAGGUGCAUGUGCUUGCUCGCCUCUGGUUAGUGGUAGAGUAAUUCGCAGAAUAAUUCGGCGUGCAUGCAGAUGGAUGGGAAAAGAGCGCGGUCGCCAGGCCAGAGGGAUCGACUGCUC